GUCAGGCUGUUCCGGCAGGGUCACAUGUGCGACUGAACCUACAGACAGGAGAGAGAGAAGCCAAGCUCCCAGACAGCGGGAGUGGGAAGAGUGAGGCGAGAGAAGAGAGAAGAAGAAAAAGGCUGGGCAAGGUGGAUGUUGACUCAAAUUCAUUCACAUCCCAGGAGCUCAAAAAGGCAUUGGCUAAAAUGAAAGAGAGUGAGAAGGCAGAAAGAAAGGUCCACGAGGAAGAGGUGAGGAAGAAGUUCCGGCCCAUAGAGCAGCUGAAGGAGGAGUUUGAAAAGCUGAACGUGAAGAUGGAAACGGAUUACGAAAUUAUGGUUAAAUUAAUCAGCAAAUUCAACAGCUCUGCCUCCACGCUGGAUGAAAAAGUCGCAGCGCUUUAUGAUCUCGAAUAUUAUGUUCACCAGGUGGACAACGCCAAGGACUUCCUCUCCAUGGGUGGGCUCCAGCUUGUGAUCAAGGGGCUGAACAGCAGCGAGGCCACGCUGAAGGAGCACUCUGCGUUCGUCCUGGGAGCUGCCUUGUCCAG